AUGACAAUGAUUAAUUUUUCUGACUAUGAAACUGACCAGAAAACAGUCGUCGUUAAACUGUACUGCUCGGCGGAAUUAAUCAGAGGUGUAGAUGGCGAGCUUAUCUUUCUUUCGGCACUGAACAUUUUUCUGUCCAUUGCAGCAUUUUUGGGGAACACUCUGAUCCUAGUUGCUCUUCACAAGGAAACUUCACUUCAUCCGCCUUCCAAACUCCUGUAUCGUAACCUGGCGAUAUCUGAUCUCUGUGUUGGUAUCAUUGUAGGGCCUUUGGCUGUGACGUAUUGGAUUUCUGUUGUGAACGAAAGAUGGAAUAUUUGCUAUUUCGCAUAUUGGGCAGUGAGUUUCUCAAGUCAUACGUUGUGUGCAGUGUCUUUAUUGACAUUGACUGCAAUAAGCGUAGACAGACUUCUCGCCUUGUUACUGGGGCUCAGAUACAGACAAAUUGUUACUUUAAAAACAGGAUAUAUAACCGUAAUUAGUUUUUGGAUUUUGUCCAUCGUCGUUGCAUCUACUAUCUUUUUGAAUACUAUUAUAAUUUCAUGGUAUCAAUACAUAGUUAUAGCUCUGUGUCUUCUCGCCAUAAUCUUCUCUUACACAAAAAUUUUCUUCUCUCUUCGUCAGAACCAAAUUUAUGUUCAGAACCAUGUUGCCCAUGGACAACCUAGCCAAGUAAUUCCACUUAACAUAGCUCGAUACAGAAAGGCAGUGUACAGUGCACUGUGGGUGCAGGUAACAUUGGUUGUUUGUUAUCUGCCAUCUUGUAUAGCGGUAGCUUUGACACCUCAAAAAGGAAUGCCUUUAUCUACUUUCCUUGCUAGGGAAUUUACGAUUACUUUGGUGUAUUUAAACUCGUCUUUAAAUCCGUUGUUAUACUGCUGGAAGAUCACAGAAGUGAGGGAAGCCGUAAAAGAAACAAUAACGCAAUUCUUUCGAUGA